CCCUGGGCGAGUGCCUGGAUGGGUUCUCACCUUGCCCACCUCCAACUGCUCCCAGCACCGGGAAGGUCACACCGUUGUUACCCGCCCCGACACCACGGUGAGGGGCUCGUGCAGGGGAGGUGUCCACAUGGGUUGGGAAUGGCGCUGAUCCCACAGGAACACCGGCUGUGAAAAGCCACCGUCCCCUCUCCCGGUCACCUGUGAGUGACCCUGUGGUGCUGGGCCAUGGGUGGCGAGGUGAGCACCGGGUUAAUGUGUCACCGAGGCACCGGCCCCGCACCGGGCACCCACCGCGGUGCCAGGGCUCCACCGGGUGCUGGGUGCCGCUGUGCUGAGGGGCACCCGCUGCCCACCGGGAAAGCCCCGGGCCGGGAGGGGUGGGCAGCAGCGAGCACCCGUGCCCGGAUUUGCAUGGUGGUGAUUAAGGCAAUGAAGCAACCGGAGCUGUUGCCACAUCGGUGUGAAUCCCCGGGGCCGCUAUAAAUGCCCUGAUCAAUGAAUGCCGGGGCAGGAGCUGCACCGGCCGGGCCACGCUCACACGCAGGAGGAGACACCGAGCUGGGCACCAUGUGCGCUGUCACCCGGGUGCUGGCACUGCUGCUGUGGGCGCCGUGGCCGGCGCUGCUCGGGGCGCCGCUGGCCGAGCUCUCGGGGGACCAGGGGUUCCUCCUCUUCCUCAGCAACAACCUGGAAUUCACCCGCAAGAUCAAGGGGGACGUGGCCGCGCUGCAGCUCGCUGUGUGCGACACCUUCCAGCUGUGCAGGGAGGAAGAGCUGCUGCUGCUGCGGCAGGACCUGAGCAUCACACAGGCACCCAUGGAGCGCUGCCACGGCCGCGGCUUCCAGGCGGAAGCCUGCUUCAGCCAGAUCCGAGAGGGGCUCCGCACCUACCAAAGCUCCCUCGAUGCUGUCCUGGAGCUGCUGCCCGGGCAGGCUGCGCUGGUGGAGAGCCUGCAGCUGGAUGCUGCCAACCUGUCCUCCAACAUCCAGCAUCAGUUACAGAUGGAAGACCUGGACCUGGCCACAGUGACGUACCCCACGGAGACCCGGGGUCCCCUGCCCGCCUUCUCCUCCCGUUUCCACCACCAGGUCGGCACCUUCUUCAUCCUGGCCGAUUUCCAGCGGUUCCUGGAGGCCACGUACCGGGCGCUGCGGCACCUGGCGCACCUCUAACCCCGGUCCCGCACCGCUUCUCCCCGUUUAUUUAUGUCCCUUCCC